CCUCUUUCGUCUCACUCAGCUAUUUUUUACGUCCCACCCUAAACCCAAACACGUCCUCUCUCUCUCUCUCUCUCUCUCUCUGCUGCCGUGCUACGACCUCACAGUCUGGUGCUCCACACACCACAAAACCUAUAAAGCCCGACAGCCGAAAACAUAAAUGACUUCUCUUUCUCACACUUUCUAAACAUAGAAAAAUUAGGGUUCCGCUUUUUUUUUUAAAAAAAAAAUUAAUGGACUCAUCUGCACCGGUUCCUUCGCUGCAUUUGGCCAUGGCGGCGUUAGUCGGAGCUUCAUUAAUGGCCAUAUCCGCUUUUUAUAUCCACAAACGCAGCGUCGACCACGUCAUCGAUCGACUCAUAGAGAUCCGCCGCGUUAGGCGGCCUAGAAGUCGCGUCAUCUCCGAUGAAGAAGAAGAGAACGAAGAAGAAGUGGAUUACGAAGAAGAAGAAGAAGAAGUGGAGGAGGGUGAGAAAGGGGGCUCUCUCGAGCAUAAAACGAGCGUGUCGAAAUCUUUCGAUGAGAAAAUGGAGAUGUUGAGGAGUUAUCGGAUUUCCAGUUCGAUGCCCAACGUGGUUUUGCGUAACGAGUGGUUCGAGGAAGAUGCUAAGUUUGACCAGGUGGUGAGGGAAAGAGCUCAGACUUGCUCUGCUUCGUCGCUUGACAAGCAUAACUUUAUUCCUUCCGGUCUUCCUCCACUUCAAACAUCUCGGCGAGGAGAAAGUCAGACUUUUAGUCGUGGUGUUUCCACUACAAGGUUGGCUACCUAUGGUCGGCUAAUGACUCCAAGGUCCCCUGGUGGCAAUGCUUUUGAAAGUGCUGGGGAUUCUGACGAGGAAGGAACAGAGCCUGCAGAUGAGGAUGACAUUCUUUGUGGCGAUCAAAAUAUCGAUGGUUCUGGUGAUUUGUUAAAUGAUGUUGCUACAAAAGUUCAAAAUUUAUUUUCUGUUCCAUUUAGAGGUGAGGGUGUGAACUGCGUUCAAGACAAGAAUCAUAAAGCUACUGAAAAUGAAGCAAAAUCUUGUGUUGAUCUAAAUGGAAAUGGAAAAGUGGAUUCAGCAUUAGUGUGCAUAUUGAAGAGUGAUCCUGUUUUUGACAAGACAAGUUUGCCUCUCAGAAGCACGUUUCUUGACUCAACAAAUGUAGAAGAGGAAGAAGUAAGGAAAAUGACACGGGAGUGUUUGGAAUUGCGAGACAAUUAUGUUUACAGGGAAGGGAUUGCUCCAUGGAAAAAGGAACCUGUGACAGAACCCAGCACUCCAAAAGCACGAAGUCAUCCAUUUCACUUUGAACCUGUUGAAAAAACAGCGCAUCGUUUUAGGAUGGAAGAUGGAGUUAUACGUGUUUAUGCAAGUGAAACUGACACUGUCGAGCUUUUUCCUGUCCCAAGUUCAACAACAUUUUUCACUGAUAUGCAUCAUCUCCUAAAAGUCAUGUCAAUUGGAAAUGUUCGCUCUGCUUGCCAUCACCGACUAAGAUUUCUUGAGGAGAAGUUCCGCCUUCAUCUAUUAGUAAAUGCAGACGGGGAGUUUUUGGCUCAGAAGAGUGCACCCCACCGUGAUUUCUACAAUAUCCGGAAGGUUGAUACACAUGUGCAUCAUUCUGCUUGCAUGAACCAGAAACAUCUGCUACGCUUCAUCAAAUCAAAACUAAGAAAAGAACCUGAUGAGGUUGUUAUAUUUAGGGAUGGAAAGUAUAUGACGUUGAAAGAGGUUUUUGAGAGUUUGGAUUUGACUGGAUAUGAUCUCAACGUUGAUUUGUUGGAUGUCCAUGCUGAUAAGAGCACCUUUCAUCGCUUUGACAAAUUCAAUCUUAAAUAUAAUCCUUGUGGGCAAAGCAGACUCAGAGAGAUCUUCUUAAAGCAGGACAAUCUUAUCCAAGGGCGUUUUUUGGCAGAAGUAACAAAGCAAGUUCUAUCUGACCUUGAAGCAAGCAAAUACCAGAUGGCAGAGUACAGGGUGUCCAUAUAUGGAAGGAAACAAAGUGAAUGGGAUCAGUUAGCAAGUUGGUUUAUUAACAAUGAAAUUUAUAGUGAAAAUGCCGUUUGGUUAAUCCAGCUACCCCGAUUGUAUAAUGUGUACAAGCAAAUGGGAAUUGUAAAAUCUUUUCAGAAUAUUCUGGACAAUGUGUUCAUUCCGCUAUUUGAAGUGACAGUUGAUCCAAAUUCUCAUCCUCAACUUCAUGUGUUCCUAAUGAUGGUUGUUGGUUUUGAUUUAGUUGAUGAUGAAAGUAAACCAGAGCGGCGUCCUACUAAGCACAUGCCAAAGCCUGCUGAAUGGACCAAUGAAUUUAAUCCUGCAUAUUCUUAUUAUGCGUAUUACUUCUAUGCAAACCUGUAUACUCUCAACAAGCUUCGUGAGUCAAAAGGAUUGCCAACGAUAAAACUUCGACCUCACUGCGGGGAGGCUGGCGAUAUUGACCACUUAGCUGCUGCUUUCCUUCUGUGCAACAAUAUAUCUCAUGGGAUUAAUCUGAGGAAAUCCCCUGUUUUGCAGUACUUGUAUUACCUUGCUCAGAUUGGAUUGGCUAUGUCUCCUCUGAGCAAUAAUUCCCUUUUCCUGGACUAUCAUCGCAACCCAUUUCCUGCUUUCUUUCAGCGUGGGCUAAAUGUCUCACUUUCAUCUGAUGAUCCAUUGCAAAUUCACUUGACGAAGGAACCUCUUGUGGAAGAGUACAGUGUUGCAGCACAGGUUUGGAAGCUCAGUGCUUGUGACUUAUGUGAGAUUGUGAGAAAUUCUGUAUACCAGUCUGGAUUUUCACAUAUGGCAAAGUUGCAUUGGCUUGGUAACAAAUAUUUCCUGCGAGGCCCAGAAGGGAAUGACAUUCACAAGACCAAUGUUCCAAGUAUGAGGAUUGCAUUUCGAUAUGAGACAUGGAAAGAGGAGAUGCAAUAUGUUUACUCAGGAAGAGCAAGAAUACCAGAAGAAAUAGACCCUGCAAUGUAAUUGAAUGUCAACUAUGAAGCAAAAUUUGAUUAGGGUCGUGCUGAGUUCGGAUUAUGUCAAGAUUCCUAGACAAAUGAGUUCAUAUCAUCACUUUAAUUGAAGCUGGAUAUGAGAAGAAUCUUUGAACCGUGUUGAGGUUCCUGCUUUUGGCUGAGUAGAAUUGGGGGGAAUUGGUAAAUGCUUGCAAAUUGCAAAGCAUUCUUGCUAACAAAUAAGCAAGCAAGAAUAGUUUAUACUAAGAUAUUAGUGAAGGAGCAAGUUGUACGACUCAUUGUUCUGGCUUGUAGUUAUUCAGUGAGACGACUUCUAGAGUCAGUUUUAUACAAACUGCGCAACAGGUGAAUGAAGUCACUGGCAUCCAUAGCAUGAGUGAUCAACCUUUUUAUCUCAAUUGUGAUUUACAUCAAAUUGAGCUCAUAUUGAAGAAAGUAAGAUACUUAAGACAUUUCAUAAUUUUAAUUUCUUUCAUGCAA